AUGACAUGGAACGUUGGGGGGCUAGCACCCAGCAAACUGCUGGAACUGCUCGACGACUUCGGUGACAGCCCGGACCUGAACUGUGUGUGCAUCGUCCUUGUGCAAGAAAUCAUCACAGAUGCUGGUUUGUUUCAUGCAGAGUCAGACACCUGGCAGCUUGUAUACGGAAAGUGUGAGGGGGAGUUCAGAGGGGAAGGCAUAGCCCACCGAGCAGCACACCACAGCCACCACCACAGCGAGGUUGCGAAGGGGGGAGUGAUUACAACCCUCAAAGGCAAGAACAGCAAAACCAUCACACGAGCGCUGGCAGGACACAUCCCGCAUCAUGCCACCAUCCCCCAAACCCAAGACAUCCUACACGACUGGAGACAAGCACUGGGGGACCGCUGCCGCUUUCUACUGGGCAUUGACGCCAACGAGACCUUUGCCCCUCCCAUCAGCAACACGACAGGCUGUUAUGCUACCACAGGCCGAGGGGAAUGCAUCCUUGAGUGGGCCGAUGACAACAACAUCAGACUACCACCACAAGACCUUAGCACACCUAGCUACCACCCAUACAACCAGCUGAUGCAACCAAGACGACUGGAUUACCUACUGGUCAAGGGGAUCACAGCCGGCAAUGGGAAGGUCGUACCCAGCCCCCCUAGGCUCCCACGCGGGGGAGGACCCGCCCGCGCAACGUGGGGACCGCGCAAACUGCGUCCACCACACCAGGUGGCACAACUCCUGGCAGUCCCCCCGCCCCAGGGGGAGGACCCACACCACAUGAUCGCCACACUAGCAAAAGCUAUCACGAUCCCAGGCAGCGGGCACAACAAAUUCCACGAAAGCACCACACUCCGGGAGAUGCGCAGGGCAGCCAAACUCAUACCGGCAGGUCCUGAAGCCAAGGCGGCCUGGAAGGCGAUAGCCCGCCUCCACAAACAAGAGCAGCGAGCCUGGAGCACCAGGCAGGCCGAACAGGCCGCACAACUCGACUGGAAAUCCCUACGAACCCUCCAGAGGGGGAAAACACACCGCGGCUGGCAACUUCGACUGCAAGACGACCCCAGCUGGCAGGAGCACCUGCAGACACACAUGCGCACUAUCUCGCCAAGCCGCUCCCGCCCGGGGGAACCGCACGAAAGACGCUGCAAAGUCACACCGUGGGUUCCUUUCAGCACACAGGAACUUCAGCAAGUAGCUAAGACCUGGAACAACAACAACAAAAGCACGGGGCCCGACGGGAUUUCCCAUGAAGCAGCGCGAGAACUCCUCGCCAACCCACAAUGGGGGGGGACCAUUACCUAUGUCCUGAACGACAUGCUGUACACCGCCCGCAUCCCCGAGGAAAUUGACCGUGGCGUGACGGUCUUGCUGCCCAAAGUCCCCUCCCCCCUCGAGUGGGGGGAGACCAGACCCAUUACUCUCAGCUCGACCCUGCUCAAACUGGCAGCCCAACUCCUACUUGCGAGAGGGGGGGAAUGCGUCAGAGGGGGGGCCACUCUGCAGUGGGCGAGGCGGGGGCGGCAAGGGGUUGAACUCAUCGCGACGAUUCGGCGCGUGACGCAAAUGGCUCGCGACUGGGGGGUUCCGACAUGGUUGGUUAAAUUGGACAUCCGGAAGGCAUUCGAUAGUGUCUGGCAGCAUAGUAUGAGUGAGCUUGUUGCAUCCAGGAUCGGGGGAGUGCCAUCAUCCCGAUGUCCAGUGCCAGAAGAAGGGGGGGAUCAACCCUGGGAGGCACUACUCUGGCUCAGCAUCCUCGAGACACGCAGCCUCAACGUUGCAGGAGCCCCGAUUCCCCUGAUCUCUUCGGCGCUGUCGAAAGCGGCUCCGCCACAGAAGCCAGACGACCAAGGGGGACCCAGCCCCCCUAGAGCCGGGGGGAGUUUCCUUGACGAUACCUACCUCUGGAGCCAAGACCGCCACCAUCUACAAUGCCUGAUCAACAACCUCGAAAGCGAGCUGGCAGAGGACGGCCUCCACAUCCACCCCACCAAAACCGCCAUUCUCCACAGCCACCCACAAGGGGGGGGAACCUUCCAGAUCAGCAACACCACGGUAGCCUGCCAGCCGCACAAAACAGUCAUCUCCACCCUAGGCUCCCCCAUCACCUUCGGCGAGCAAACGGCACCCAUCAUAGCUGAGAUGUGCAGACGGGGGAGACAGGCCUUCGCCAAACACAAGCAAAUCCUGCUUGCCAGAACCAGUUUCAACACUAGGAUGACAGCCUACAUUGCCUUGGUUCGGAACGCAGCACUUUAUGCAGCAGAGACAUGGCCAGUGAACCAACGCAUCCUUAAAGCAGCCAACUCCCUCCAAGCCCAGCACCUGCGACGCAUGCUCCAUCUGGACAGAAGACCCACAGAACAGUGGGCGGAGUGGCACAUACGCUCACUCAGGACGGCUAGAGUCUACCUGCAGCGGGGAGGUUGGGCAAGAUGGUCCACCCACAUCCUCACCAAAGUCUGGUCCCUCUGGGGCCACAUCGCGAGGGGAGGGGAGGAAGUAAACGCUAUGAUGCGCUGGAAGGACCUCCGUUUCUGGCGAGCAGAACAACGCAAGCCUCCCAAGGAUAGAGUCAGCCACGCAGCUCGCUUCAACCCGGAGGGGGAUGUAGAGAGAGCCCUCGAAAGCAUCGGGGGGACACACUGGAGCAGCAUUGCCACAGACCGCACACAAUGGCAGCUACUCACAGCCAGCUUCAUUGACAGGUUCGAUGUCCCCUGGGCAACAGGCAAGCAGAACAGCAUCCACGACAACCUCGUUCCACACACACCCAGAGGGCCACCACACAGACCAGCCUUGGCACCCUAA